UCUGACAUUUUAGCUGUAGUCAAAAUGAAAACAUUUCAACGAAUAGUUGACGUAGAUAGCGUAUAAUUUCGUCAACUGCAUUUUAUCGAAGAGAAGUGAAUUACUUUAUAGAAUAAAUUUCAAAACCAAUAUAAUACCAAAAGUAUGGAAGACACGACUACCAAAAUAGUAAAUUAUUUCGAACCAAACAAUGGUUAUUUAGAAAAGACUGAAAAUGCUAAUGAAAACGCAACAAACCAUCUGGAAGUCUCUUUUAGUGGGCGACCAAAUACAAAUGUAGAAGAAAAUGGAAAUUCCGAAUAUUAUAAACAGACAAAUACAUGUCGUAUUCUUCAAAGAAAAUUAGAGCUAAAAGUUGAAAAAGCAAAACGCAGUUACAACCAAUAUCAGGAUACUUGUUCAAAAAAAUCACAAUCUUCAAGCCUAAUUCCAAUUAGUCGCCUACAAAUACCUGGUUAUGUCGAAAACCAGCCGUUAGUUGAUUACAAAUCUGAAAGUGAUGACCAAGAAGAAAUAUCUUUCUUCCCAUUAAAGCUGAAGAGUACAAAGAAACAAGAGUUGUCAGAUACAUUUAGCAUACAAGAAAUAGCAAUUGAGUCAGAAGACAAUAAUUCAGAUGAUAGUGACACCUCAGUAAAUUUAGAGCUUCUUCCGCCCCGUUUGAAAACAAAUCUUUUGGAUAAAGUUUUAAAUUGUUUUUAUUGUGUACAGGGUAAAAUUUAAUAAUAAAUAAAUCAUAAACUUAUUGUGAAGAAAUAGAAA